AUGCAAAAAGAAGUGGAAAGGCCAUCUCGGGGCCCCCAAGCUCAGUUCGAACAGGGCCACCAAGCUCCCAUUGAGCAUCAUGAAAAGCCCGGUCUACAGGCUGAUCUUGAAAGACCAAAGCCCGUAUCAAGCCAGGUCCCUACUGAGGAUGGUGAAUAUCAAACUUAUAAGGCGGCGGGAAAGCUAUCAGGAAAGAAAGCUAUCAUCACGGGCGGCGAUUCAGGAAUCGGUCGUGCAGUUGCUAUUUUGUUCGCUUUGGAAGGAGCGUCUUGCUUGAUUACUUAUCUUUCUGAAGAGGUAACAGAUGCGCAAGAGACCAAAAGACGAGUAGAGGAAAUCGGGGAAAGCUGCCACUGCUUCGCUACCGACCUUCGCGAUAAGACAAACUGCCAAGCGGUGGUUGACACAGCCCUGAAGACACUGGGUGGUAUUGAUAUCCUUGUCAAUAAUGCUGGGACGCAAACUAUGGUUGGCGAUAUUAAGGAUUUGGAUGAAUCUCAAUGGGAGAGCACAUUCGACACCAACAUCCACUCUCUCUUCUAUCUCUCAAAAUACACAGUCCCUCAUCUGAAGAGCGGAUCGACAAUCAUUAAUUGUGCAUCUGUCAACCACUAUAUCGGUCGUCCUGAUCUGCUCGACUACACGGCAACCAAGGGUGCAGUUGUCGCUUUCACUAGAGGACUGUCCAACCAGCAAGUCAAAAAUGGCAUUCGAGUGAACUGCGUUUGUCCUGGGCCAGUCUGGACGCCUCUUAUCCCAGCAACUAUGAAUACCUCCGCCCAAGAGCAGUUCAGCGGCACACCGAUGGGUCGCCCAGGACAGCCGAGUGAGGUUGCGACAUGUUUCGUUUUCCUUGCGAGCCAAGAUAGUAGUUUUAUUUCUGGCCAAAGUUUGCAUCCCAACGGAGGAGUUGUUGUCAACGGAUAA